AUAAAAAAAGGGCGAACAGCGGACUGCGCUGCGGUUUCUCUCCCUCCUCCUCCCCCUCCCCCUCCCCUGGCCUUCGUCUCCGCCUCCCGUCUUCCUCCAGAAUUCGAUUCCCUUCCCACAAGAACCCAGCCCGCACCAUGACGAGCUCGUCCUCUCCUUCCCGAAAGGCGCUGAGCAAGAUCGCUUGCAAUCGGCUGCAGAAGGAGCUCGCGGAGUGGCAGCUCAACCCCCCCGCCGGGUUCAAGCACAAGGUCUCCGAUAAUCUUCAAAGGUGGGUAAUUGAGGUUACCGGAGCGGCGGGCACUCUUUACGCCGGCGAGACCUACCAGUUGCAGGUUGACUUUCCUGAGCAUUACCCUAUGGAGGCACCUCAGGUCAUUUUUCUCAAUCCAGCGCCAAUGCAUCCACACAUUUACAGCAAUGGGCACAUCUGCUUAGAUAUUUUGUAUGACUCGUGGUCACCAGCGAUGACCGUGAGCUCUGUCUGCAUCAGUAUCCUGUCUAUGUUGUCCAGUUCGCCAGCAAAGCAACGCCCAGCGGACAAUGACCGCUAUGUUAGGAACUGCCGCAACGGGAGGUCUCCGAAGGAGACUAGAUGGUGGUUCCAUGACGACACAGUGUAAUGAGCUCCGUGGCAUCGCCUGUCAGCCUUCCUUACCGUGAUAUAUCUCUUCAAGGGGAGAUGAGAUGAUUUAGGCCUAUUUACAAGCACCCCUCUAUUGGAUUUGCGAAGCUUACCUUGUUGUGGUGGUAUGUAAAUGAGUUGCACACAUGUGUCGAGUCUGAGAAUAUAUAUUAUCACCAUCAAUGAUAUAAUAUAGAAUAAGCAAGAAUGUACCCUGCCUGAAUCACAGAAACGAGCUCAAAAGGAAUAUGCAGGUUUAACUAUGAUUUGCUUUGCUCAA